UAAAACUAAAUUUGGUUUGAUGUUAAAGUGUAAAAAAACCCCAAAACAAACAAACAUAAAACGACAUCACUUUGAAACAAAUGAAAUCAGACUAUUAAUCUACAUAACUUAGUUUUAGGUUGAAUCUGAAGGUUGUUCAUUCACUUCACAUAUUAUUUAAUGAUUAAUUAUUUUUACCUUAGUGCUGGGUGAUUAUAAUAGUAAUCUGGUCCUAAAGGCCUACACCAAUGUGUCAACUGAUAAUUUUCUAUUUUUGUUCACGUCAACCAAAGGACAUCAAGUGCUAAGAUGUAGGUCUGGUCAGACUUUUUUACACAGUUCUGCCUUGUUAACACAUUUAGUUUCUUCUCUAAAGAGAGUAAAGAAAAGAAAAUAUCAACAGACCAUUUUUUUAGCAAUCGAUAAUGUCACAUAUUCCUAAUUUAUAUGUAGUCAGCUGCUGACCUGAGCAGAAUAAUCUGUUCAUCUUGAUGGGGUCUUGUAGAGAUGUAAUGUAACACUUAACUCACAAUACGAUCCACAAUUUUUUUUUGUUCACGAUCGUUUUUUUUGAAACAAUAUGAGCCCCAGACAGAUUAUAAUUAAGUACAAUGAUCUUUUAGUUGUUAGAACUAUACAACAUACCAUUAGUUACUAAAAUGACUUGCUUACCUCAUAAACUAUAAUAUUUUUAAACAACAGAGUACCAAAAAAUAGACAUUUCUUUAGACAAACCCAUAACAUCAUCAUUUAUCUCCACUUAUUAAAAGUAAAACUUGUCUGGUCUUAUUUACCUUGCUAACUGUCAAUAUGCUAAAAUAUUAAUUGUAAAGAGUUCCCUUCUUUAUAGAAACAUUGUUUGUAUCUGUGGAAGAAGUUCUUCCCACAUUUGAACACCUGAAUGUCACUUAGGCUAUGUAAGGACAUGAUGUCUUGGUUUAAUAGUAAGUUAUAGCCAAUGUUUUUAGGUGCAAACUGCCACCUACUGUUCUAGAGUGUGCAGUCUCGUGGUAUGACUAGUGACUUUUUGAGAUACUGCAGCCUACUCCUAACAACAAAUGUGCAAUUCAUUUUAAUUUUAACCGAUGGAAAUUGUCACGCAUCGUAUUGAUUUUUGAACAAUCAAUUCGGCUGUCAGUCAGACUGUCAGUUGUAGACUUACUGACUCUCAGGCAGAUCUGACACAAUCUGGGCCCCUGACCUGAGGUCGAAACACCCACGAACGUUUGAUGGACAAUGUGUUUGGUUUCUAAUCUUGAGGUGGUUCUGAAAUGGAAUUAUUGGAUAUACUGUGCACAUUAUUCUGCAUAUACUUUUAAGAGUGUUACACAUUUUAUCUUAUUUUUAACUUCACAAAUUCAUUAUAAUGGGAUACCCAAUAGUUAAAACAGUCCUGGUAUAAAUUAAAGGGGAAAGAAAUGCUAUUUCUCCUGUAUACUCUGACAUUUUAAUUCACAAAGUUGUGGAUUAGAUGGAAACAUCCUUCCCAUUUUGUAGCAGGGCUUUUAAUUGCACACACACAAAGGAGUUGCUUGUCAAGGUCAGGGUGCAAAAAAUCCUGUUUCACUUGGAAUGGGGAUAAAUGCAGUUCGAUAUUUUACGUGAAGUGCUACAACCUUUUGUGCACGUGUAAAACAGUGAUGGUAACCCAUACAUAGUAUUCACAAUGCCCAGUGGAUGUUAGUAAGUAUCCUUGAUUCGUGAUGACUUAUUUUUUAUUUGUAUUAAUUAUAAAAGAACUCCUAUCUACAUUUUAAAGUUAGCUGUAGUGAGACAGUCAAGAUACUGAAAGAACACUGCAUAGCCUGCCACCUAGUGGGUAAUUUUAGACAGUAAUGCUACGUCAACUCAAAGCAAAUAGUGCGCAUUCCGGUCAGUGCAAUUUAUACAAAAAGAAAAUCCCUGACAUCCUUUUAUGUAUUUAUUUUUAAUUUUUUUGAGACAUUGUUUUAAAAACAUUACUUCAAUUCAUUUUUUUUUUGCCAAAAUGUAAGAUAUGCUAGAUAGAGAUUCUUUGAUAAUAGCUGUACAAAGGCGCGUAUGAUUUGUAUUAUUUUGAUAUUCACUUUUUGAGAGAAUUUCUUGUCUGUUGCUUUUUAGUGAAAUACACUGGUCUUUGUGUUUCGUAACAACUGCUGUGUUGUUAAAACGUUUUUUUUUUUUGUUUUCGUUGUCAACAUUAUAAUUUAUGCAGUGUUGAUAAUAUAUUAUAUACAUAAUGAAAAGGGUUUUCGUGAUACAACCAUAUCUGUGACGUGGUCAUUACGCAAAAGAAAAAGGAAGGAAGGAUUUCCUGUGUCGACGGCGGAGGGAUACGUUUUCUUAUCGUGUGGCGCGCCUAGUGAAACUCGAAUGGUCUCCACUAUUGGUCGCGGAUUGAUACGAGUAUACAAGCUUCCUAUACAAUUGAGUGAGAAGUCAAUGUGAACUGCAGCAAGAGAGGAAAACAUGGCGACUUCGCAACAUGAGGGACAUGCAAAUCAACUCGAUCUUCUGAUUAAAGCCGUUGAGGCCUCUGUCCAUGCCACAAAUGUCUGCUCUGACAAGACCUUUGAAGCUGCUGAGGCUCUGCUACGCAUGGACUCACCAUCCAGCCUCAGAGAGGAUCGCAGUCCAGAGGCUUUUGCCCCACAAGGUGUGUGCUCACCAGACUUCCUGCACGCGGCUAUGCGUCCUGACAUAGCAGAGUCAGAGGUGGAGAUUACGACAGAAGACUGCUGUGAGGAGGUUGAUGAGGACAUGGUCACACUGCUGGAGGAUCCAGAGCCAGAACCAGACCACGAGCCUGCCAAAAAGAAAAGAGCUGGACGGAAACCAAAGACACAUCCACUGUCCAUGUCCAACGGCUCUGCAGUUCUCGGUAUCAAGAAGAGAACAAGAGAGGGCAAAGCAGGGAGCACCACCUACUUAUGGGAGUUCCUGCUGGAUCUCCUACAGGACAAGAACACCUGUCCCAGGUACAUCAAAUGGACCCAGAGGGAGAAGGGCAUCUUCAAACUGGUCGACUCCAAGGCAGUGUCCAAGCUUUGGGGAAAACACAAGAACAAACCAGACAUGAACUACGAGACUAUGGGACGUGCUCUUAGAUAUUACUACCAGCGUGGUAUCCUCGCCAAAGUGGAAGGUCAGCGGCUGGUUUACCAGUUUAAAGAGAUGCCCAAGAACAUUGUCAUCAUUGAUGAUGAAUCUGCAGACUUGGCCGCGCCUGACAAUUUGAUCGCCUCAGAGAAUGCAGCAUCCUACGAGCGUGUGUCCUCACCGACAGACAUGCUGCUCCACACCUCCAAGCUGUUGUCCGCCAAGAAGCCUAACAUCCUGCGUGGCAGUAACAAACCCACUGUGGUCCAAGCUUCUGCAGCUACAGGAAGCAAAUCAGUAACUGCUGGGGUCCCGAGGAUUCUGACAGUGACGACAGCCCCAGAUGGCAGUCAUAGUCAGGCAGCGAUUGUCUCCAAUGCUGCUGCACCCAGGACGGUGCGGGUGGCCAUGCAGGUGCCUGUGGUCAUGACCACAUCACUGGGUCAAAAAAUCUCCACCGUUGCUGUGCAGCAAUCGACGGGAACAACAGGAUUAGCUGGUCACACCACCAUCCUCAACAACACGUCUGCCAUCGGCACUGCUGCUGGUAACGCAAACUCCCAACAGAAGGUUGUACUUCAGACCAUCCCCACUAUGGUCCCUGCCACUGCAGAGAAUGGCGAGAAGAUCACAGUCCAACUAGCCAAGAUCAUCACCAUUCCUGCCCACCAAUUAGCCCAGUGUCAGCUUCAGACCUCCCCGGCAACCAGCAAAUCUUCUGUAGGUGCAUCUGCGGCAGGUAUCAGCCUCAUUGGGAGUCCCCUGACCGUACGCACCCUGGCCCCUGUCAAUGUCACGCCAGGAACACAAGUGAUGCGACUCACUGUGCCGACGCAGCAACAACAGCAGACUCUGGUGGUGUCCCAGUCCGGUAACAUUGUCAGCAGCAGGGCAGGAAGUGUGACAGUUUCCACCGCCAACCAGGCGUUGAAGGGUCAGCCACGCGUAUUAACAGGUGUCAUCAGUGGUUCAGAGCUGCUGCUCGGAGGGUCAGCGCAUGGAGGAAUCAGUGUGGAGAAGUUGAAGGCUGCAGGGUUACAGGUCCAGACGCUGCAGCUCUCUGGAUUGUCUGCAGCUCAGCAGAACCCAGUGAACCCCAAAACUGUCCAGAACCUCCCGACAGAGGCAGUGGACACUGAGGUGGUGAUCAAACUGGAAACACCUAAUGUGGUCAAGUCAGAGGAGCCCGAGUGUUGAAACACACACUAGUUGAAGUGUAUUCAUCUUCUCUCCCUCUUUAUUUCUUUCUUUGUUCGUUCUUUCUUUCUUUGUCUCUCCCAUGUCUCUCUCUUUCUCUCUCUCUCUCUCUGUACAGGUGUACAGUCAUUUUUUACUCUUGUAAUAACCAGCAGCAGUCUGAGACUUAGUCUAAGUGAGACUUUAAAGACUUCUUUUUUUUUUUUUUAAGUUUCCUACAUCCCUGGGAUGAAACUGAGCUGAACCCUCCCACUCACCUAAUAACCACAGAAGUUUCAAGGAAGACUUAAAGGAGACUUUAAAGGAAGUUGUUAGUUUAGAUAAAGGGACCAACCUCCAUCACUACAGUCUGUUGUCUGAAUGGAUCACUAUCACUGACUCCAAUGAGGAAUUUAAAACAAUAGGAAAAAAAUCAAUACACUACAAAACCAGGAUAUUCCAGUAAAAAAUAUUUGGAGGUUUUGAUCAAACUUUGGUUGAUAAUAAUGUUAUAUUUCUUUCUCCCUCCACAAAUGAAACCAGCAUCUUACAUCAGUCCAGAUCACAUUGUGUGCAUGGUGCUUACAUGAGAAAGUGAGGAGCAGUAACCAAUGAUCAUAUCAGACGGUAAUUGUUUGUCUAUGUACAUAUUUAUAUAUACAGUGUAAAUAUAUAUAUAUAUAUAUAUAUACAUAUAUAUAUAUCUACUACUAUAGAUUACGGAGCUAAAGUUAACAACCUUAGAUUUAAAAUUCUAACUUUUUUUUUUUUUUUUAAUUUUGUGUCUGAACGUUUGUGUUUUGAUACUUUGUACCAAGCACAGUAUUAACUGAACAGAGAGGUUCCAUAGACACAAUCUAAGAUAUUGGUGUAAUCAGGUGGUUGUAAAUGUGACACAAAGAUAGAAGACCAGGUAAUCUUCACUGGUACCGCCGUGUUAAAAUGAGGAUUGAGGCUACUUUUCAUUGGUCGAGUUAUUUAAGUUUAUAGUCAGUGACUGUAAAUGAUUACUUAUUAGUGAAAUCAAACCCAUGUUUCAUUUCUACAUCCAAUAUUUGCUGUUGCUUUUGAACUAAAUGACCUUCCCGUGUCUUCUUCUGCUGCUUCACUUUUACAACCAUGUGUUUGCGUCUCUGUUCUUAGUUGUUCUACAGAGGGAUCUGGGCUGUUUUCUGUAGUUUGUGUCUGUUGGACAGUUGAUGCCCACUAAAGUAAGUUGUGCAGAUCUGUGAUCAGAUUUGUUUGCAGUGUGGCUUCCAGUUUAAAGACUACUUCCUUCACUUGAGUGUCAUGUGGAUUCAACCCCAAGGAUUUGUUUUGUCUGGGUUCCUGUUUUCUGGUUUGCUCUCCUUUUCUUGCCCUUCUGUGGGUUUGCAUGGAUAAAACAAAGACUGUUUGACUCAACGCCAGUGCAUGAAGAUUGAGAAGAGAAACCAAACAGGGAGAAUUUUCGACAACUAAUCAGUUACAUUGAUCAAUUAUUAUUUAGGUUUGGAAAAGUAGGCAUUUGAAAGGACACGUUUAUGCAAAAGGAGAAAAAUGUGUAAAAGACAAACCACUGUGGAGCUUCACUUGUAUGAGUUUAUAUUAUUUUCAGCCCUGACAUUUCAAAUUUUCUUUUUGUUUUUCUAUUUUUUUGAUGUACAAAUGAUAGAUGUGUUCAGACUGAACUGUUUGUAUAUUCAACAUUUGAAGUAUAUUCUAUUUUGUUGUACUCUUGUUUCAAAGUGUAUUCAAGUAGCUUUUACUAAAACAUAAAAUUUGGACAUUGGAGAAAGUGGCAGUGAUGUGGUAAAAUUGUUCUACACUUGGACUGACAUGGUCGUAAAGUUUAAAUUUGUUUAUUUAUUUUUUUGGUCAAAGGAUUCUUGUAUUUCAUGUCAGGUACUGUCUGACAAAGGUUUGUUUUAGUGGCUGAAAAAACAGUGUGAAGAUGAUGCUCCAGACCUCAGGGGAGAAGUGGAUCAUGACUCUGGGUUGAACUGCUGCCACACAUAUACAGUACAGAAUCAUUUUAGAAAUGACAGUUUUGCCUUUUCAAAGUAACUUUUAACUUGCUUCAUUUCCUUCUCUGCCUCUAACACUCUUCUUAGAUUAUCUAUUUUGGCCACUUGAGCAGCUUAAUGUAAUUCUUACUGAAAUGUGGUCAAUGUGCGACUCCCUUUUCUUUAACAUGGUUUUUUAAAAAAUUAAAUAUUGGGCAAAUUGGCCAAAAUAUUUGGCUAUUUUGUAACUGUGUUUUCAGAAUAGCUGUUUAGUCAGACCAAGGUCAGGAAAUGGAACUAAAGGAUUAGAAAGGUCAGAACUUUUUGACCUUUUGUGGAGCUGUUUAUUUUGUCCUAAUUACUUUGGUUUCAUCCAUUAAAUAACUAGACAUCAGUCCCACAAACAGACACCAUCUAAGUGUGAAGCUAAGGCCGGUCCUGAGUUGAACACAUUUUCUGUCAUCUGCUUCUUCCUUUGUGGUUUCAGUGGCAGGUAACUACUUCAGUUCUCUCUUCACCAGGAAUGUUUUGUGACAUUGCUGCCAAAGAAAUUGGACCCACUGUGGCACACGCUUCACUUGGUCAGAACAAAAAGACAUUGUAAUUGGCAACUUUAUGAAAUUUCAAUCGAUUUGGGGUUUUUUAAUGCGUCACAUCAGCAAAACAAUUACCUGUGUAGUCAAAAUCUAAAUAUGGCUUUACUUGACAAAACAAAAAAUGUUAUUGUAAAAUUAG